UUAAGUCAGCAAGCGCGCCCCCUAGCGUGUUAACGGAAGAGCGCGGCUCACACCUGGCCGCUCAGGUAAGCCACGCCUGUCGCGGUUGCUGGUACGCGCUACAGGUGACUCGACCGGGUUCAAGACAAGGCAGUUUCACGCAGGCGUUUGAGGAAGCAGGAAAUCGAGCCGUGCAAGAACGAAGGAAUGCGACUGAAAUAAAACGUACCAGGAAGUCAAGCGAGCGAGAAGGGUCUGUCCUUUUAAAAAAAACAACACAAGAAGUAUUGAACAUCGAUUCGUGUAGCAGUCCGGUGUUGUGAAAGCAGAACAGAGCGAAUAACUCGAAAGAAGUUUCUGUUUUUAAGAUAAAGACGAUGGAGAGGAAAGCGGAGGAGGGGGGGGUCCCGGCUGGGGGGGAACGGGUCCAGAACUUGAAGGACCAGGUGGAGGGCGUGAAGAACAUCAUGACCCAGAACGUGGACCGGAUCCUGGCCCGAGGAGAGAGGCUGGACGACCUGAUGGACAAGACUGAGGACCUGCAGGCCAGCUCGGAGCACUUCAAGACCACCUCUCAGAAAGUGGCUCGGAAGUACUGGUGGAAGAACGUGAAGAUGAUCGCUCUGAUCUGUGUCAUCGUGGCCAUCAUUCUCCUCCUCAUCAUCCUGCUGGCAACCGGAGUCAUCCCCACCUAGACCCCCGGACCCUCCCACCCUCCGACACGCUGUCCCGGACCCUCCCACCCUCCGACACGCUGUCCCCGACCCUCACACCCCCAAACACGCUGUCCACGACCCUCACACCCCCACACACGCUGUCCCGGACCCUCCCACCCUCCGACACGCUGUCCACGACCCUCACACCACCAAACACGCUGUCCCCGACCCUCCCGCCCCCACACACGCUGUCCCCAACCAUCACCCCCCCGACACGCUGUCCCCAACCGUCACCCCCCCCCCCCCCCCCCCCGACACGCUGUCCCCGACCCUCACACCCCCAGACACGCCCUUCCUGCUCAAACCCAGGGCGUCAUUCCAAAAUAGAGACCCCCCCGGACCCCCAGACAUACCCUGUCCUUAUCCCUUGAAGACCCCGAGACCUCCCAGUUUAAUCAAAGUCUAUAUACUGAAAUUCUUGAUGCAUUAUUACUUUUGUGUGUGUGUGUGCGCGAUUUUUAAAAAAUUGCACUGUGGAUGCAACGAACGACUCGCUGCCCCUCUCUCUGUCCCUGUUCAAACCCAGGGCUAGGGGGAGCCCAGGCACCCCGUUACCCCCGCCCCCCCCCCCCUUCUCUCUCUCAUAGUGCAGGAGAGCUCCUAUAGAAUCUGCUUGCCUGACUCCCCCUCUCUUUUCAAUGAGCGACAGAUCCCCCAAGCGCCCAAAUUGAAAAUAAAUACACCCAUAAAUAAAUAAAUAUAGAAAUACCCAAUUGAAUAACCCCAUGCGUUUUUCAAAACUAUAUCUCCCACUCCACACGCUUGUUCCUGGGUCUAUGAAAUCAAAUGAACUCAUCCAAUAUACCCAAGGCUAGCCAACUCUUAUAGUGAUGUAAUAAUGUGUAGUAUUAUUAUUAUUAUUAUUAUUAUUAUUAUUAUUAUUAUUAUUAUUAGUUUUGACUCGGCUAAAUCAUGAAGGAUAUACUUUACACAGGGGAUAGAUUGAAAUAGAAAAAGAACAGAAAAAAAAACCCCAGCUGUGAAACACCUGCUGUAUGUAGCACACACUUUUGUGUCCUCAUUGCGUGACUGAUUUUGGUUGUAAACCGCAUCGUGGCUUGUAUUCUGUAACAUAUAAAUGCUGCAUAUCCCCUGUCCGGUCCACGAUGGGACAGACAGACAGACGGAGAGAUCUGACAGAGUUUGAUGGAAGGCUGGUGGCAGGUGCUUGGUUGGCGGGUGCUUCACAAUUUUUUUUUUUUUUUUUU